AUGAAGAGAGAGCUUGGGAGGUACAAAAUGGGUUUGUGUUUCAGUGACAAGUUGAGGAUGAACAGAGGAGCUCCACCACCGGAUGUGGUAACGGCGUUUGCGGAGUAUACAGAGGGAGGGAACCACAUGACAGCAGAGCAGCUACGUCGGUUCUUGGUUGAGGUGCAGAAUGAGACAGAUGUGUUGGUUUCAGAUGCAGAGAAGAUCAUUGAGAGAAUCACAUGUUCAAGGCAUCACAUCACUAAGUUCUUGAGGCAUUCUCUGAAUCUUGAUGAUUUCUUCAGUUUCUUGUUCUCAGAUGAUCUGAAUCAUCCAAUUGUUAGAGAGGUGCAUCAAGACAUGGCCUCUCCAUUGUCUCACUAUUUCAUUUACACGAGCCAUAAUUCGUAUCUGACUGGGAAUCAGAUCAACAGCGAAUGCAGCGAUGUGCCUCUCAUUAAGGCAUUACAGAGAGGUGUUCGAGCUCUUGAGCUUGACCUAUGGCCUAACUCUACUAAGGACGACAUUCUUGUUCUCCACGGCUGGGCAUGGACACCUCCAGUGGAACUGAUCAAAUGCUUGAGAUCUAUUAAAGAUCAUGCCUUUUCUGCAUCUGCAUAUCCUGUGAUGUUAACUUUGGAAGAUCAUUUGACUCCAGAUCUUCAAGCCAAAGCAGCAGAGAUGAUGAAAGAUACAUUCAUGGAUAUGGUGUAUUUUUCUGACUCUGGCGAUUUGAAAGAGUUCCCUUCACCAGAAGAUCUCAAGUACAAAGUUGUAAUAUCCACAAAGACUCCCAAAGGGACCUUACAAAAGGAUAAGGAUUCUGAGUCGGAUGUAUCAGGAAAGUCUUCAUCAGAUGUUUCAGCCAAACAAACAGACGACCAGAAGACUGAGGAAGAAACAAGCGAGGUCAGAAAUGAAGAGGAUGGAUCUGAUCAAGAAUCCAGCAACAACUUGGAUCUCCUCACCUACAGUCGUAUGAUACUGAUUCCUUCUGGAAACGCUAGAAAUGGAUUGAAGGAAGCACUCACGAUCGAUAAUGGUGGAAUUAGACGGCUGAGUUUGAGGGAGCAGAAGUUCAAGAAAGCCACUGAAAUGUAUGCAACCGACGUCAUGAAAUUCACACAGAGGAAUCUGCUGAGGAUAUAUCCCAAGGCCACUCGAGUAACAUCCUCAAACUACAAGCCCUUAAGCGGUUGGAUGUAUGGAGCUCAAAUGGUCGCUUUCAACAUGCAGGGAUAUGGAAGAGCUCUGUGGAUGAUGCAUGGGAUGUUCAGAGGAAAUGGUGGAUGCGGGUACGUGAAAAAACCAGACUUUAUGAUGGACAAAGCUCCCGAUGGACAAAUGUUCGACCCCAAAGCGAAACUACCCGUAAAGACUACACUGAAAGUGAAAGUAUACAUGGGAAAAGGAUGGGACUCUUGUUUCCCAAGAACAUGUUUCAACACUUGGUCCUCUCCUAACUUCUACACUAGGGUGGGGAUAACAGGAGUUAGAGCUGAUAAGGUAAUGAAGAAAACAAAGAAAGAAGACAAUACUUGGGAGCCUUUGUGGGACGAGGAGUUUGAGUUUCAGCUUACAGUUCCCGAGCUGGCGUUACUCAGGAUUGAAGUUCACGACUACAACAUGCCGGAGAAGGACGAUUUCUCGGGGCAGACAUGUUUGCCUGUGGCAGAGCUGAGACAGGGGAUACGUUCUGUUCCGUUGUAUGAUCGCAAAGGGGAGAGACUAGUUUCAGUUACACUUCUCAUGCGGUUUCAGUUUGUUUAA